UUGCAUGCCUUUCUCCGUCCCCGAAAGCUUUUACCCACCUGGAUGGCCCACUAGAGAUAUAUCAUUUAUAGUUGAGCCUGGGGCCCUCUAAAUUUCAUUCCGAAUGGCUGCGAUCGGUUUUUGAUUCCUAUUAUUACACCGUCGCUACCUCAGCCUCCCGAAUCUACACACAACUCUAGUAGGACUUUUGGAAACGACGCCCACAACCUUGCAAGUCAAGUACACAUCCUGACGAUUAUUUCCUCCGGUGAUUUUCAAAUUAUAAUUGAAUUUUCUCUCGUGGCUCCACUCACCAAUGGACCGAGAAUAAUCGGGUACUUGCAUCGUCAGUUGCUAUCCGAUAAAGACAAUUUCCAUGCAGCCGGCCCUGCUCCUGGCCUGGACUCUCACGUCUGAAGCUCGCCCUAUUUAUACCUACUAUGGAGCCCCAGUCCAACACUCUCAUCUUCCACGACAAUUUCUCCUUCGCUCAAAUUCUCUGAACCAACUACUUAUUGACACAGUAUCCGGGAACGUUUACCUCCUUUGCCUCUCUUUUUCGAAAUCUUCCCGCAAGACCAAUCUCAUCCACCGUGUUUCACAUCCCCUUACUCCAGGUUCUAGAAGUCCUGGCCGGCUGCUUUGCCCAAAGUUCUCGGAUCGAGGUGAUCAUCCGCACUUGCAACACUCUGCCGAAACUUCUGCGUCAACAAUGGCCAAUCAGUGCUCUGGCCAUGUCUUUGCCAUUGUGCAGGCCACGAACGGCAAUAUCCUUACCUGGCGGUGCUCUGACUGCAACUCCGGGCCUUUUGUUGCUAUCUGGCGCUGCAAGAUCUGUGGCCACUGCCGCUGCAAUGCUUGCCACACCGCUAAAGCAUAAAAUUCGACAGUUUCCACAAACCGCUCUAGUCACGGCAACACCAGCCACGAUUCCCACAGCAUCAGCUCGCGAUACGUGGAUUUGCUUU